AUGUCUUCGUACCCGCUACGUAAUGUUUCUUCGCAUGUCGGUGCAAUUGCUGGCCCUUCAAGCGGCGCAAAAAGAAGAAACGUACCGGAAUCACCACCAAUAAUUCAGCAAAUUAGAAAAAGACGACCUGCUAUUAAUGAUCGGACCCUCCCAACACAGAUAGAAGGGCUUGUACCAGAAUCUCGAUUAUAUACAGAACUGCAAAACUUUGAAAAGAGGUUAGAUGCAACCAUCAUGAGAAAACGACUAGAAAAUCAAGAAGCAAUUGCUACAAAGCACAUGAAGUCUAAGCGAAUUCUCCGAGUAUUCGUGUCAAACACUGCAACGAAUCAGAAUAUUCAAGACGAAGAAGAGCCAGAACUUGACUUCCAGGCUGGAAGCAUUCCAUCUUGGACUCUAAGAAUCGAAGGAAGAUUGUUGGACCCUCCAUAUUCGGCAGCAAGAGGUCGAACAGCCAAAAAAUUCUCUACGUUCUUUAAAUCAAUUAUUGUUGAACUAGAUCGAAACCCCGAUCUGUAUCCUGAAGGAAAUACAAUGGAGUGGACACGAAAUACAUCAACCCAAGAAUGCGAUGGUUUUGAAAUAAAGCGUAAAGGAGAUCAAAACAUCAAGGCUAAAAUACUUCUUACUUUGGAAAAUCGACCUGAAAGAUAUAAGUUAACUCCAGCAUUUGCAAGUUUAUUGGAUAUACGAGAAGAAACAAAGUCAGGGAUAAUUAGAGCUAUGUGGCAGUACGUUAAGAUUAACAAAUUACAAGAUCCGGAUAAUCAGAGAAUCAUUAAUUGUGAUAAACAUCUUGAAGCGAUAUUUAAUAAGGAUAGAAUAGCUUUUCCAGAACUUCCCGAAUUAUUAAAUCCAUUAUUGGAUCCUGUUGAUCCUAUUGAAAUUGAGUACACAAUUAGAGUCGACAAAAGUUUCCAUACUUCAAGAUUUGCGUAUGAUGUUGAGGUAGAAGUGGACGAUAUUCUAAGACAAAGAAUGAUUAACGCGAUUGAGAAUACCAAUCAUCAUAGAGAAAUACAAGAAUUGGAUGAAAAGAUCAUGCAAUGUGUGCAGAGUAUAAAUAACUCCAAAACAAAGCGUGAUUUCAUGAUGAAAUUUGCUCGAUCACCGGCUGAAUUUAUUCAAAAGUGGAUUGCUAGCCAAAGCCGAGAUUUGGAGAUUAUAUUGGGUGAGACUCGAGCAAAUCUCGAAGAACAACGUCAGGCAGAUUUCUUUAAGCAACCUUGGACACAUGAUGCUGCCUUUCAUUAUAUGGCUUCAAUGACUCAGCGAAAAAUGCACGAAUUAUUAGGAAGAGGUGCAUCCGGCAAUAACGCUGGUGGUAAUUGA